GCAUUGUAUUAGGCGUCCCCGACAACGAAAAGCCCCACGACAGACAAACAUGGCUGCCGCCAGUGGAAAGUCGGUUUUGUUUGUGUGCCUAGGAAACAUCUGCCGGUCCCCCAUCGCUGAGGCUGUCUUUAGGCACAUGGCGACGGAGCGCGGGGAGGCGGAAAAGUGGAGGAUAGACAGCGCGGCCACCUCCACCUAUGAGAUUGGCAACCCACCUGACUACCGUGGUCAGGCCUGCAUGAGGAGACGUGGUGUGCCCAUGCAGCACGUGGCGCGGCAGGUGACAAAGGAGGAUUUUAUGACAUUUGAUUACAUUCUGUGUAUGGAUGAGAGCAACCUGAGAGAUCUGAAGAGGAAAGCGAACACUGUGAAGAACUCUAAAGCUAAGAUCGAGCUCCUCGGUUCAUAUGACCCUGAACAGCAGCUGAUCAUUAAUGACCCUUACUAUGGCAGCGAGCAGGACUUCGAGACAGUGUAUGAACAGUGCAUACGGUGCUGCAAGACCUUCCUGGAGCGAAACUCAUAGCACACACAUACACAUACACUCGUGGCAGCUUUCCCUCGCCUCAGGACAAGCCGAAGUAUUACAGCAACUCGACAUCAAGGAGCUUAGGCCACACACGUGCACACAUUCACACAAGUCUGCUGUGACAGAUCAUGUCUUAAUUGUAAGAUAAACCAUAAUAACAAUAACAAGAAUCUUCUAUUGACAUGCUGACCUGUCCCUCUGUUGAACUUAAGAAACAACCAAUAAAUGGAAAAAGCCCAUAAA